AUGGCAAGCUUGACUUGUCACCAUGUACAAAAGCUCUUCCUUGUCGCCUCGCUCGUGUGGACACUAGUCUCAUGUAUUCCUCUCAGCGUCGACCGGACACUCGCACAACCACUUGCCAAACGAAGCACCUUUUUCACAGGCCACUGUGCUGGAACGUUGCCCCAGGAUCCACGAGAUUAUCCUAGGAACAUCUUUAUGCAGCCAUGGAACGUGGCAAAGGAUGGCACAGUGGAAUCCAUCCAGUACAUCGAUCAAUGGGGUCAAGUAGAGUACAUCGAGGACGUGGAAGGCCUCUGCGAUCGAGCUGGCUGCCAAUGGGUUGGACAGGUGAUCAAUUGCAACAAGAUCGAAAGCCUUUUUUACGAGCCAGCGAUAGCAGCCGAAUACGCGGAACGAUGUUUCCACACCUAUCUUGGGGACGGUAGAAUGGUGAACCUUCCAGAGAAUCUUCAAAAUGCAGUGACUCGACUUAAUCCAGACGGUGCAGCAUUGGGACACGAAGCCUGCCUUGCUGGUGAAGCAGCUGGCUGGACGUUCAAGAGCUUAGCAGGGACGGCAUGCUGCUCGGGCUAUUCCUUCAACGCCUGA